GGACAUGUGCAGUUUUUUGUAUAUUAAGUAUACCUCAGUGAAGCUGAAGGGAAAGAAGAAACAUCAACAUUUCAUGACUUUGUUUUUCUCCUAGAACAUUUAUUUCUUGCCCACCUGAAAGUCUAGAAAAUGGGCCAUGAUUCACAGUCAGGAGGGGAAAUAUCAUGAGAGUCUAUUCUCAUGCCAGUGAGGCCCUAUUUCACAUUCAAAAUUUACCUGCCCACCAGACCCACGAUGAAUGAGCCAUGAAUCAAACUAAAAUGCAGCUUUACCCUCCCAAGUCACCAAGGAGAAGGUGACUGUUAGAGUCUUCACCACCCAAGGGGACAUGCUGGGCUGUGCAACCUGAGACUAACACAGACACGGCCUAAGGCACAAGUCACGUGACAGCUCCCUUGGAGGAAGCUGAAGCAGGAGAGGCACAGAAGAGGUGAUUCGGGAAGAGCUGAAGUGAGGAGUCCUAACACAUCAGGAAAAGGAAGCAAUGUUUCCAGCCAUCUUGAAAAGGUUAACCAGGAAAACAAACUUGGCUAAUUUGAUAAUGGCCCGUUAAUUAGGACAAACAACGACAAGGAAAGAGCACUGCAUGUGAUGACAGCAGCCCUCAGCAGGGUAUAAAAGGGGCCCUGGGGCAAGCAGACUUCCAAACCUUCCAAACUCACCUUCCUAAUCCACCUUCCUGGAAACUCACUCAGAACCUCCACCCUCUGCCACCAUGGUCAACUCGUGUAGUGGAUCUGUCUGCUCCGACCAGGGCUGUGGCCAAGGCUGCGGCCAGGAGACCUGCUGCCGCCCCAGCUGCUGCCAGACCACCUGCUGCAGGACCACCUGCUGCCGCCCCAGCUGCUGUGGCUCCUGCUGUGGCUCCAGCUGCUGCCGCCCCAUCUGCUGCCAGACCACCUGCUGCCGCCCCAGCUGCUGUGUGUCCAGCUGCUGCCGCCCCAGCUGCUGUGGCUCCAGCUGCUGCCGCCCCUCCUGCUGUAGUUCCUGUUGCUGCCGCCCCAUCUGCUGCCAGACCACCUGCUGCAGGACCACCUGCUGCCGCCCCAGCUGCUGUGGCUCCUGCUGUGGCUCCAGCUGCUGCCGCCCCUCCUGCUGCGGUUCCUGUUGCUGCCGCCCCAUCUGCUGCCAGACCACUUGCUGCCGCCCCUCCUGCUGUGUGUCCAGCUGCUGCCGCCCCUCUUGCUGUGGUUCCUGUUGCUGCCGCCCCAUCUGCUGCCAGACCACCUGCUGCCGCCCAGUCUGCUCUAGUGGUUCCUGCUGCUAACCACCCUGACCUGUGCCCACCUCGUUUUUGUCAACCAAUCUUCAUAGUGUAAUCCAACUGAACUGAGCCACAAGAGGCCAACUGUAAAACCUCAGUUCCAACUGAUUCUUAAACUGGCUUUGGCCUCCAAAUAUACACCCCCCCAUGUUACUAUCUCUCUCCCAAAUGAACAAGAAGUUUGAAUUUUCUCUGACUUCUUUCAACCAACAUGUCAUCCCAAUUGAUAUAUUUCUUCCCUGUCAG